CCCAGCUCCUGCUUGCACUUGCUCCCUCACUUGCUUGCACCAUGAGCUGUCGCCUGCAGAGCUCCUCCACCAGCUACGGUGGUGGUUUUGGGGGUGGCUCUUGCCAGCUGGGGGGAGGCCGCAGUGUCUCCACCUGUUCUACCCGCUUUGUGUCGGGAGGCUCAGCUGGUGGCUAUGGAGGUGGUGCAAGCUUCGGCUUUGGUUCUGGGGCUGGUAGUGGCUUCGGAGGUGGCUUUGGAGGUGGUUUCGGAGGUGGCUUCGGUGGUGGCUUUGGUGACUUCGGCGGUGCUGACGGUGGCCUCCUCUCUGGCAAUGAGAAGAUCACCAUGCAAAACCUCAACGAUCGCCUGGCUUCCUACCUGGACAAGGUGCGCGCUCUGGAGGAGGCCAAUGCUGACUUGGAGGUGAAGAUCCGCGACUGGUACCAGAGGCAGAGCCCGAGCAGCCCGGAGCGUGACUACAGCCCCUACUACAAGACCAUUGAGGAGCUGCGGGACAAGAUCCUGGCAGCUACCAUUGACAACAACCGGAUCAUCCUGGAGAUUGACAACGCCAGGCUGGCGGCUGAUGACUUCAGGCUCAAGUAUGAGAAUGAGCUGACCCUGCGCCAGAGCGUGGAGGCCGACAUCAACGGGCUACGCAGGGUGCUGGACGAGCUGACCCUGACCAAGACCGACCUGGAGAUGCAGAUCGAGAGCCUGAAAGAAGAGCUGGCUUACAUGAAGAAGAACCAUGAGGAUGAGAUGAAGGAGUUCAGCAACCAGGUGGUGGGCCAGGUCAACGUGGAGAUGGACGCCACCCCAGGUAUCGAUCUGACCCGUGUGCUGGCUGAGAUGAGGGAGCAGUACGAGGCCUUGGCAGAGAAGAACCGACGGGACGCGGAGGAAUGGUUCAACAGCAAGAGUGCUGAGCUCAACAAGGAGGUGUCGUCCAGCACUGCCAUGAUUCAGACCAGCAAGACAGAGAUCACUGAACUCAGGCGCACGCUGCAGGGUCUGGAGAUCGAGCUGCAGUCUCAGCUGAGCACGAAAGCCGGGCUGGAGAACACAGUGGCAGAGACGGAGUGCCGCUACGCCCUGCAGCUGCAGCAGAUCCAGGGGCUCAUCAGCAGCAUUGAGUCUCAGCUGAGCGAGCUGCGCAGUGAGAUGGAGUGCCAGAACCAGGAAUACAAGAUGCUCCUGGACAUCAAGACACGUCUGGAGCAGGAGAUCGCCACCUACCGCAGCCUGCUUGAGGGCCAGGAUGCCAGGAUGACCGGCACAGCCUCCUCCUCCUCCUCUGCAAGCCGUCGCGUCUCAGACACCACCCGCCGCUCCUAGACCAUUGGUCCAGUUGGCAUCCUCUCCCCCUUCUUCAGCAGCUGAAGGAGGAGCAAGCAGGUGGCUGCCUGUGGGAGGGGCCCACAGCACCUGUCCCUGACUUCCCCCUAGGCCAGCCCCUUGUACUCUUCUCUCUAUUGGAGUCCUCAUCCCCUGACCCAGCUACUCUGUGAUUUCACAACCUCUCUACAAAAAAGAAAAGAAAAUUCAAUAAACUUUCCUUCUUGUUUGCAAAUGUA